AUGAAAGAAACAAGAUUGACCAUUCCUGUGUACGCAAAAAAGAUCAAUGGUGAGAUAGUUGUCGAAAGAGUUGUCGUGACGGAUCAAGUUUGCAACAUUAUGCGCGGCCUUCAAUCGGUCAGUAGUUUAGUCAAUGUGGCAGUGAGUUCAAUGCCUCCUGCUGCUUUUGCCUGGGCGGGCGUCUUCGUUAUCCUUCCUGUCAUCAUGAACGCAAUCACGCAAGAUGGUGAGGCUAUGGAUGGGUUAGAGUUUAUUUCAGAGCUUCUUGUCCGCUGCAAGGUCCGAGAGGAUGUCAUACGUAGAAGGUUUCGCGAACCUGUGCAGGGCCUUCAAUCUCAAAGCGAAUCGAAAAACCUUGGAGAACUUCAUAGCGCUAUAAAAGCUAGGACUGUCCAGUUGUAUUCUGAUAUCUUGCAAUAUCAGAUCCAGCUAGCCAUACAUUAUGACCGUGGAUUUGAGCGAAGAUAUCGCAAUUCUAUCGCAAACGGAUUUGACAAACUCGAAGAGUCGGCGGAACAGUCCUUGUCUUCGCUAAAGGAAAUUGAACAGGAUAUCGAGGGAAUAAGUCAAGACUCAUUACUGAAAGAGUUGCCCCGAGCAAUUUUCGCAGCCUUUGAUUCUUCUAAGGCACAAGGAGAAACCACAAGCCUGCAUCGAACAUGCCUUCAAGGCACUCGGAUUGAUACCCCCAAUUUAGUACAGCGGUGGAGCAACGCUCUACAUGACUAUAAGUGUAUAUUCUGGUUGAAAGGGAUGCCCGGUACCGGGAAGUUGAUGAUUGCUCGCACAGUCGCCGGCAAAUUGGCUUCAGAGGGCCGACUUGGCGCUAAUUUGACAAAUGCGGCUCAGCUCUUCACCACGCUUUCAUCCCAGCUGACGGAAGUAUUACCCGGCCUCCGGCCGCAUGUCUGUGCUGUAAUCGUGAAGAGGAGAGAUAUUGCCGGGAAAUCCCUAUCUGAGCAAUGCGAACAUCUUAUUUUCCAACCACUCGGUCUGUAUCCGCCUUUCGUGCUAGUGUUUGUCAUUGAUGCACUUGACGAGUGCGAAGACGAUGACGACCUAAGGGAGGUACUUCCACUUUUUAGCCAGUUGAGGGAUCUCAGGACCAUAAAACUACGGGUUUUUAUGACCAGUAGACCAGAAAAGCUACUCAGGUCCAGAUUCAGCCGGAUGCCUGAUGCGUAUCAUCGCGAUGAAGAUCUGCACAAAUUCAAGCCCUCAGACAUCCAAGAAGAUAAGGAUGAUAUCACCAAGCUUUUUGAGCACGAGCUUGCUCUUAUGAGGGAGGAAAUACUACUUCAAGACAACUGGCCGGGGAAGGAGCCUUGCCGAUUUCUCGCAGCGGCAGCUUCAGAAAGAUUGGCAGACCUACGACUAGAUACGAUUCUUAUCGAUGAUGUCGAUAAAACCUCUCCGCAACGGAAUAUUGAUAGUAUAUACACUCAGAUCCUAAAAUUUUCUGUCUCCAAUAAAAUUGAAAAAGAGAAAGCAGAAAUAUGCGGUCUGUUCCGACGAGUUCUCGGACCGGUCAUAUUGUUGUUUAGUCUUCUUUCUAUUGAUGCUCUAAGUGUACUUUUGUCGGUGCCGAAGGAGGAAAUUAAUGAUGUGCUGAGAGAUCUUCAUUCGCUUUUGUUGGUCCCCAACUCUGAAGAGGAGCCUAUUCAAACGCUGCAUCUUUCAUUUCCUGAAUUCUUGUCUGACCCUGAAAGAUGUCCGACGGAAUUCUUGAUUGAUCGCAACAUAACCCACGCCAAGCUCACAGAGAGGUGCUGCCUAGAGUUGAUGUCGAAUAUCUUGACAAAAGAUAUUCGUGAUUUAAAAUUACCGGGAACUCUUGCAAGGGAGGUCGAACAAUCGACAGUAGCAAAGCACAUCCCCAACCACGUUCAAUAUGCGUGCUGUUAUUGGAUCAAUCAUUUACUGGCGACCGACGUUACUGCCUUCAUGGACGAAACGAUAUACACAGUUUUCCAACAGACUGUCCUCGAUUCAGAUCGUUCACGAUGCGAAACGGUUUACGCUUUACUUUAUGCCUAUGCUCGAGCAGGCGCCGCUCCAACCUGGAUCAAGUCAAGGUGCGCCCCUGCGGCUGAUUGGAGCGCUUUAUUUUAUUCCAUUGCGUCGUCAUAUGGCGAGGGGCAGCUAGCUGUGUUUUCUAGGGAUGGCCGAUAUUUGGUUUCUACCGAUAUGGGCGGGAAUUUAAAUUUAUACCACUUUAAAACGGGGGUUCUACGAGAAAUCCUCGAAACCCCAUACCGUAUCCAUCUCGAAGAAGGUUUACGAGUUGUAGCAUCGGAGUUUUCACUGAAUAGCGAAUUGCUUGCAACUGCUUUGGACGAUAAGACUAUUCGACUGUGGGAUCCAAAGACCGGGGCUUUUCAGGCGACUUUGGCAGGAUGUUUGGAGAAUCCAAGACUAAUAUCUAUUUCCCUAAACGGCAAACAUCUAGCAUCUUCAAGUAGGGACAAAAUUCAGAUUUGGGACCUUUGCACUGGAAAUCUUAGUCGGACUUUCAACGGCCACUCGGAUCGUAAUAUUGUUAUACAAUUUUCUCCAGUUGACCAACUUCUUGCGUUAGGGUCGAUAGAUACGACCAUACUGCUCUGGGAUCCAGAAACAGACAAAUCGUUUGCACUUGAGGGCCACGAACAGGGGUUUCGGCGAUAA